CAUUCUGUUUAACAACAUCCCUGUGUAUUUGUAGUUUGGAAGUUUGGAAGAUUGUACUGUGUUGUACAAGGGAAAAUUCGUAAAAUUAAGAAUCUUUUUGGUCUUUAUUAUCCUUAACAUAUUUAUAAAAUGAAAGGUUCGUCCAAAAAUGACGAUUGCUACUUUUUCUACUAUUCUUCGUGUACCAAGAGUGACAGAUGCCCCUUUCGCCAUGAAGCAGCAGCACUAGGAAAUGAAACAGUUUGCUCCUAUUGGCAGCAAGGAAUGUGCAGCAAACUCCACUGCCCUUUCCGUCAUAUGGAAUUAAAAAAGAACCGUUCCCAAAUCCCCUGUUAUUGGGAAUCUCAACCAGUUGGAUGUCAGAAGUCUCAUUGUCCAUUCUUUCAUAAAUCAUCAAGAGAGUUAGGAGACACUUCACCAAACAAAGAUGAAACAGUCAAUAAGAAUGCAAAAAGCGAUCAAGAAGUUUCCGAAAAUGGUACAAGCACUCCACCGUUAGUUCAAUCUAUGGUUGUCAGCAUUAAUGAAGAAUCUGAUACUGAAAGCAUUCCUUCUCCCAGCAAAGUUCAGAAAAAUACAGACGAUGCAUUCAAAAUUAAGUCUUUGGAAGAACUCAAGCUCGAACAGAUUCAGAAACAUGAUGCUGCUCUGUAUCAAUAUGACCAGCCAGCUGAAGGCAAAACAAAAGUAGGCAAAACGAGAACAGACUUAAGAAAUCGUCUGCAAGUCAGUCAGCCACCUGAACAGAAUUCGGAAUUCAAAGUGAAAACACUGGAAGAAAUUCGAGCGGAAAAGUUGGCAAAAAGCCAAGGGCCCAAGGAUUGUCCAACCACCGUCGACGGUGACCUGAUCAGCUCUUCAACUAGUGCGAAACGGCCAGCACCUCAAAACAAAAAACAAAUCCGAAUCAAGCGACCGAAACUUGCAAGCGAUCCCGGUUCAGAUGUCCAAGUGCCUACGUCCGUGAUGGAAAGCCCCGUGGCAGAUCCUACAGCGUCUAGCAAGUCCCAGCCCGACUCGACUGAAGCAGACGAUUACCUUGAAGAUGACAUGGACGAUGGGGGAGAUGCCAAUACCGGUUCAUUAAACGAUGACGAACUUCUAUUAGAGAUCGAUAAUAUCCUGGGAGAUUAAAUUAACAUGUUUGUUUUUGCUGUUUUGCUUGUUUGUAAUUGCUCUGCAAAGUGAUACAUAAUAAUGACACACGACAACUUGGGAAGAAAAAUACAAAUGUGCGUUUUAAAUCCA